AGGGGCAGCCUGGUCAGCAGGCUAGUCAGUGGUUGAUAUAACAGCGCUCCUCGCCUAUGUUUGAACUUCAUGCCUGAACAUAUUACCGAUGUGUAUGCCAUGUUUUCUAGCGCGGAGCUCUGUCAUGCGAAUCCCCUGGUACGCCCACGCACAGCCCACGCACAGCGCACGCACGCUCGUUCACUCCCAAGACGACACCGAAUCCGUGACUCUCUCCAGUUGAGCUGGUGACGCUGUUCGCUCUCUGGCGGUAGAACGGGGAUGUUUGGCAUUUGUACCGAUUUGUGCUUGCACGGUGCGUCUUCUGUGAGAUGAACGGAUGGAGAGGACCAGUGACCAAACAUGCCUACAGUCCUCCGCGGCACGGGACAACUUUCCAUCGUGUGUUCCCUGAUUCGUUGCGCAUCUCAGGUCACAGGAAGUGAGCGUAACGGCUGUUCCAAAGAUAUUCUAGGGGACAUGACCCAUUCCUGGCCAUCCCAGCAACCCUCAGGAGGGAGUCAGGCCCAGCGCUUCCCCUAUAACCCUAAGGAAGCAAAGCAGCACACAACUCAGCAAACUUGGGAGAAUGUGCAGCAGCUGAGGAUGACCCAGCCUCACGUGGCGCCUCACAAAUCCAUGCUCGCUGAUGACUUGAAGCUCAGCAGUGACGAGGAGGAUGCUGACAAGGACCCUGAGCAGUCAGCCUCCUGGACUGGUAACAAUAGUCUGUCGGAGCAGCACACACACACACAUGGUGGGAGGGUGAGACAUUCAUGCUCAGACUCUUCAGGCUCAGACUCUUCAGGCUCAGACUCCUCCAGUGAGUCGGAGGAGGAGAGCAGUAGCCAGCGCCUUCGUAGCCCCAGCCCAGAAACACACUCCGAUCCUGGGACACCCACCGACGCUCAGUCCCUCGGCUGCACCGAGGAGACAGAUCACCCCCCCACCACUCAGUGGCAGCUGGAUAAGUGGCUGAAGAAAGUCAGAAAGAAAUCCUCCUCCUGGGAUUCCAGCAACCGUGACCACACCCAGAGAGCUACAGAGCACAGCUCGCCCUCCCCAGACCCCCACAGAGCCCCGUCUCCAGCCACAUCCUGGGGGACCAGAGAGGACUACAGCCCCGGACAGAGCCCUGUUCCCAGCCCACACUUCAACUACAGCCCCAGGCAUAGCCCUCGGCCUAGUCCUCGGCCUAGCCCUGGCUACAGCCCCUGUCCCAGUCCUUGCCACAGCCCAAGACACAGCCCCAUCCUUAGCCCGGUCCCCAGUGUCUGUCUGAGCCCCUGCCUCAGCCCCAGAGCCAGCCGCGACCCUAGCCCCAUACCCCGACACCCCCCUAAGAGUCCUAGUCCCAGCCUUACUCAGUCUAGCUCCCGUCACUAUCCUCAGGUUCGGAGUCUUCAUCAGGAAAGCCUCAGGCCUCUCACGCGGCCUAGCUUAACAUCCAGCCCGAGCCAUAGACCCAAAAUCAGGAUCGCACCUGCUCCCAGCUUGGAGUCCAAGAGCAAACUGAGGCACAGUUCCUCUCCCCAGCCUCCACUUCAGCACGGCUCCAGGCCUAAACCCAAACAGAGCCAGUCUGUUCCCACUCCCAAGAACACAGCCAAGGCAGCCCCUGCGCUGAGCACUGAGCCGAGCCACAGACCCAGACCUAGUCCCAACUCCAGUCCCAGGCUUCAUUCUCAGCCUAGGUUGAAACACAACCCCAUCCUAGCACUCAAAACCAGCCAACAACUAACAACCUCUGGACAAAGGCCCAAGGAGAGUAGCAGACUCAGCCACAAUUCCAACUCCAAACCCAGGCCCAAGUUUGGGCCUAGUUUGACAACCAGCCUCAGUACCAGUCCCAGUCCCACACCCAGGGCCAAGACCUUACCUCCCGCAGACCCUAGCAGAGAGACCAGCAGCAGAGUUGGUCACAGUUCCAAAUCGAGUCCCAAGCCACAUUCUCGUCCGGUCUCCAAAGCUGGUUCUGGGCCUAGCUCUAGAUCCAGCCCCAGUCCUAUACCCAAAGUCAAGUCCUGGGAGAACCCUGCUCCCCACCCAAAGCCUCCACAGAGGAAGCCCCAAUCCAGGGAGAGAGAACGGGAGGUGGACAACCAGAGAGAGACCCAGGCAGCAGACAGGAAGGCAGAGGGAAGGGGGCGGGGUAAUGUAGAGAGACAGGGAGAGAGGCCAGAGGAGAAACAGGGAGAGAGAAGACUGGCAGAGGAUAAGUUGCUAAGACGCCCCUGGGUCCAGAGUUCAGAGGAGGAAGAGGACGUAGAGGAGAGAAAGAGGAGGAGGGAGGAGAGAGAGAAGGAGGAGAAGAGGAGGAGGAGGAAGGAGCAGCAGCAGAGAGGUGAAUGGCAGGCGGUCCAGCCCAAGCAGAGACCUCACACCAACAGCGAGCGACAUCGCAAUCCCAUUGAUCCACAACGCCACGGGACCAAGAAAAAGAGGAGGAGGAAGAGUGAGGAGGAAGAGAGAGAGUCUCAGCCGGACCCUUCCCUUCCGCCGUCACCCUUCUCCCCCACACCUGUCAUCCCUCCCACAGAUUCCUCUUCUUCAUCAUCUUCCUCAUCAGAGUCCGACUCGGAGCCCAGUCUGCCUCCCAACGUCGCCAAAGUCCCAGCCGACUCCACGUCCAGCCAGCGUCCCAUCCCCAGGAGAGGGCACCAGGGCCCUGGGAGGCCUUCAGACAUCAGGCCAGGAGUGCUCUACCCCACUGCCACAUCCAACCAAGACCACGGGCCGCAGAGCCAGGCAAAGCAGAAACUCUACACCUUGGUCCCGUUUGGGCGUAGUGAGCAAGCCCCAUCCUCACAUCGAGGCCUGAGGAAUCUGGUGGUGCAGUUAAACCUCUCCCUGCUCAGCAGAGUGCCUGAUACUACGACAGACACCCCAGCCUCUCACCAACACCCCUCCUCUUCGUCUUCCACGCAAAAAGAGGCCAUGAGACACCUGUACACCCCAGAGACAGAGGGAGGAGACAGCAGGAGGAAACGGAAGUCAGAGAAUGGAAUCCAGCACCACAGAGAGAGUAAGCGGAGUAACUCCCAAACCAACGGCCCCUCAGCCCACACAGAGUCUACAGCUAACAGAGAGAGUAAGCGGAGUAACUCCCAAACCAACGGCCCCUCAGCCCACACAGAGUCUACAGCUAACAGAGAGAGUAAGCGGAGUAACUCCCACACCAACGGCCCCUCAGCCCACACAGAGUCUACAGCUAACAGAGAGAGUAAGCGGAGUAACUCCCAAACCAACGGCCCCUCAGCCCACACAGAGUCUACAGCUAACAGAGAGAGUAAGCGGAGUAACUCCCACACCAACGGCCCCUCAGCCCACACAGAGUCUACAGCUAACAGAGAGAGUAAGCGGAGUAACUCCCAAACCAACGGCCCCUCAGCCCACACAGAGUCUACAGCUAACAGAGAGAGUAAGCGGAGUAACUCCCACUCCAACGGCCCCUCAGCCCACACAGAGUCUACAGCUAACAGAGAGAGUAAGCGGAGUAAGUCCCACUCCAACGGCCCCUCAGCCCACACAGAGUCUACAGCUAACAGAGAGAGUAAGCGGAGUAACUCCCAAACCAACGGCCCCUCAGCCCACACAGAGUCUACAGCUAACAGAGAGAGUAAGCGGAGUAACUCCCAAACCAACGGCCCCUCAGCCCAAACAGAGUCUACAGCUAACAGAGAGAGUAAGCGGAGUAACUCCCACUCCAACGGCCCCUCAGCCCACACAGAGUCUACAGCUAACAGAUGUCUAGACCCCCACACAGAUGCCAGACACAACAGGUUCUUGGAGGACUACCUAGACAGUAAGAGGCCACUGUCCCCCCUGUCCCCUCUCUCUGACACCCCGGACCCCACCAAGCCUCCCAUCAAAACACAGCCCCCAGUGCAGCACUACACAAACAGUGAGGUGCCCAGGACCCAUGCUAAGAUGGAGGUGGAGUGCGUAGGUGUGUCAGGGAAGCCCCCGCACAUGUGUGAAUCCUGGGGACCUCCUUUACAACGGGCAGGGAGCCAGAGAGGAACUGUACUCAACCAUGAACCCCCACACCAUGCUGAGUACUACAUGCAUGAGGCCAAGAGAAUGAAGCACCGUGCAGAUGCCAUGGUGGAUAAGCUGGGGAAGGCAGUGAACUAUGUGGAUGCUGCUCUCUCCUUCAUGGAGUGUGGCAAAGCUAUGGAGGAGGGACCACUGGAGGACAAGUCACCCUAUACUAUGUACACAGAGACGGUAGAGCUCAUCAGGUAUGCCAUGAGGCUGAAGAACCACUCUGGUCCUGGGGCCAGACAGGAAGACAAACAGUUGGCCGUACUGUGUUUCCGGUGCCUUGCUCUCCUGUACUGGCAGAUGUUUCGUCUGAAGAAGGACCAAGCCAUGAAGUACUCCAAAGCUCUACUGGAGUACUUUAAGAGUUCUCCCAAAGUGCCUACUACACCCCCCAUCUGGAGCGGCUCAGGAAAGGGCACAGGGGGGCCUCCCUCCUCUCUCUCCCCCAGCCCCUCAGCCCUCCCCCUGGGCAGCUCCCCCUCUUCCCUCAUCAACAUUCCCCUGCGUAUCCACCAGAUGGCAGCAAAUCACCUGAACAUCACCAACAAUGUCCUAUACAGCUAUGAGUACUGGGAGCUAGCAGAAAGCCUGGUCAGAGACAACAAUGAGUUCUUUAACUACCUGAAUACACUGUCAGGGCCAUUGACUCUCCACAGUAGUAUUGCUCAUGCAGUCCAGUACACCAGACAGGGUCUUCAGUGGAUACGCAUCAGUGCCAGCGUGGGCUAGUGGCAGGAGGGAGAGAGGGACACAACCAGUGUGAUUAUAAGUGGAGGAUUCCCCCUGCAUUCCACGUCGUCAGGAUUAUUAUUAUGCUUCAAUUCUCAGCAUGUACCGUAAAUGAUGGGUUGGGUUUAUACACAGUGGUGACGCUUUACCUUGUGCUUUAUCUUGAUUGGGGGAAGGUGUUGUUAUCCCUACAAUCAAGCAGAGCGAACUGUCUUGGUAUCUCUUUCCUCUUCCUGUUCGGAUUGUCAGUGCAGAUCUACAAAGUGCCACAUGGAUUUAAAGCCUUUAAACUUGCUGCUUUGCCAAAUGUGCCACAUGUGACGAUGAAACAAACACAGAAACUGUCUAACAAGGACAUUUUAAGAGAAACAUGGCUCAGUGCACCAGCGAGGACUUUAUGAUUCUUCUACUGUACAAAACAUGGACUGUAAAAGAUCAAGAGACCUGGACUACAUUUCUGAAUACAAUGCAUUCAACCACAGUAAAACUCUAACUAGCCUCCGUUGCAAAAAGUCACUGUGGUAACCAGUGACCAUUUCCUCAAAAAGACCAUUCCUGUCCACUGGGCACAGACGCCAGUUCAAUGUCUAGUUUUGAUUUACGUUUGGUUGAGUUGUCUACUAACGUGAAUUCAACGUGAAUAAACAAACAUGUCAUCAUGUUAUUGGAUUUAGGUU